AUGGAUGCAGUGCAGGAGGCAUGGAGAAUACCAGUCCAAGGAUGUCCCAUGUAUCAGGUGGUAGAGAAAUUGAAAAGAGUUAAAGGGGUGUUAAGAACUUUGAAGAAACAGGGAUUUGGAGAGGCUGAGAAGGAUCUCAUUCAAGAUACUGAAGAGUUUUCUAUGAUUCAAGAUAAGCUUCAUGAGAACCCUGGGAAUAUUGAUUGUAUUGAGCAGGAGAGGAGUGCCAGGGGGAAAGUUCAGAGGGCUAAGAAGUGUGUGCAGGCCAUGCUUCAACAACAAGCUAAACUCAAAUGGCUUAAGUGUGGUGAUGAGAACACUAAAAUUUUUUAUCAAGCUAUUAAAGCAAGAAGAAGGCAGAAUAGUAUACAUGCUAUUCACAAUGAACAAGGUGAAUGGGUGGAGACUCAUGAUAAGGUCUCUAAAGCUUUCUUGGAAUACUAUAAAAAUUUGUUUACUAGCAAGGAGCAAAAACAAGUUGUCUUGAAUCCUUUGCUUGCAAGAGGAAAGUUUGUUACUGAAGAGCAUAAGAGAAUUCUGAUGUGCCCUGUGGACAAAGAAGAUGUGAGAAGAGUCAUGUUCAGCAUACCUGAUGAUAAGGCCCCAGGGGCUGAUGGCUUUAAUAGCUGCUUCUAUAAGAAGUGCUGGGAGAUAGUAGGGGAUGAGGUUACUGAAGCCAUCCUAGAUUUCUUCAAGACUGGAAAAUUGUUGAAGGUAAUUAAUAUUACUACCUUAACUCUUAUUCCUAAAACACAUUGUCCUAGUAAUGUUACUGAGUUUAGGCCUAUAGCCUGCUGUUCAGUGCUUUAUAAGUGCAUCACAAAGUUGAUCAGUGAAAAACUCAAUAAAGUUCUACCAGAUAUUGUCUCUUACAGUCAGGGAGCUUUUGUUGCUGGCAGGAGUAUUCUUCAUAAUGUGCUGUUGUGUUAA